AUGCCCGUCGCGCUCCCGCUCGCCCUCCCACCACCCCAGCGCGCCCCUGUCCCCGCUCCCUCACAUGCCGCGCUGCCGCCCCGCGCCUCCCACGCGGCGCCUCUUCUCCGCCAGCCCACGCUGCCUACUCGCGCCGCGCCCCUCUUGCGCCCUCCUUCCCCCUCCAUUCCGCGCGUGUCCGCCACGUCGUCCUCCGCCGCCCACGCAAGCGCGCGGAUUGGACCCGUGGAGUCCAGUCGCCAAUUAGACCGUUUAGGGGCGCCCUCGCCGCGUCGCAUGCCGAGCGGCGCGUCACUCUCCCCCUUCCCCGCCUCCUCCGCUGCCCGUCUCAGCAGCUCCAGCAGCGCGUGGCUUUCAGGCUCCUCCAGCGCGCGCCCACUUCCCGCGCGCACCUCAACUCCACCACUCGCGCCCUCCCCCUUCACCCGCCAUUCCGCGCUCCUCCUUCCGCGCCCCGCCGUUGCACCCAACGGCCGCGGCGGAGGGCGCAGGGGCAAUGGGCGCGUGGUCCCCUCUUCCCGCUCCCAAAGGACCCCCGCUGCGUCUGACCCGUCCCGCCGGGGAGCCGCAGCGUCCCCCGCCCCCCCAUCCCCCGCGGCUGCAGCACCCCCCAACCCCACCCCCACCCCGCCCCUGGCGGCCACGAGGCGGCGGCGGCGGCGCGAGCGGGGCGUGGGGUGGCGGCGGGUGGCGUGGGCGCUGGCAGCGGCGCUGCUGUGGGGCGGGGGGGCGUACGCGCAGCAGAGGGCGCGGCAGUACGUGCAGGCGCGCGUGCUGCCCGUGGUGGAGGCGGCAGCGAGUGCACAGGCAGGCAGGCAGGUGGCAGUGGGGCGCGUGCAGCAGCUGCUGCCGUGGGCUGUGAGCGUGGGACCUGUGACCAUCGGCCCUGCUGCCUCUGAGUUCUCGUGCGCCCAUGCAGACGCCGUGCAAGUGCGGCCCCCCUCGCUCCCCUCUCCCUUCUCUACCGCCCGCCCCCCUCAGCUGCACCCGGUGGCGUCGGUGGCGCAGGGGCGGGUGGUGGUGGGGGCGCAGGUGCAGCGCGCCACAGUGGUGGUGGCUCAGCAGCCCGACUGGACGUGGCUCGGCAUCCCCGCAGACAUGGACGCCCCCGCCUCCCCCUCCUCCUCCAUCCCUCCUCUCUCCGCCCGAGCCUCCCUGCAACGCCAGGCUCGGGACGCAGCCUCGGUGGCAGCAGCGGAGGAAAGGGACAGGCUGGCACUGCGAGGGGCACAGAUUGAGUACCGAGGGGAGGGGGGCGCGCAGGGACUGGGGGGGAGGGGAGGGGAGGGCGAGGCGGGUGCCAAGGGGGAAGGGAGAGUAGUUGGGGCCACGGAGGUGGGUGGGGGUGGGCCGAGGGUCGAGUGGGAGUGGGUGGAGGAGCAGCAGCGGGCGGCGGAGAGGGCAGUGAGCAACGUGCUGCGAGCAGCAGUGGUGGCGCUGGGGUGGCACGGGUACGACCAGCACCCCCUCUCCGCCACUGCUCCAGCCCCCAGUGCCCCGCCCUCAACACCCUCUGCACCCCCCACGCCCCCUCUCUCUGCCCAGGAGCACCUGCUCUCCCUCUCUGCAUCGGCGGCCCUGGCCCACCUCUCCUCCCUGCCGCCCCACCUCAUGCCCCCCCCACGCCCGCCCCCUGCCCCCGCCCCAAUGCCCACACAGCACAGUGGGGGCAGUGGGAGCGAAGGGGGUGGGGGCCGGGGAUGGAGCGGUGAUGGCACGGUGGGAGGGGAGAGGAUGGCUCGUGAGAGUGGCAAGGGGCGGGAAGGUCACAUGGCGGGCGGUGAGGGGCGGUCGGGGCACAUGGAGAGUGGGGGUGUUAGUGUGGGAGCGAAUGGUGAUGGGCUUUCGAGGCGGGGAGGAGACGGUAGCAUGAGCACGGAAGUAACAGUAGCAGCAGUUGGUGGGAGAGAGAGUGACACAAGAGGGGUUGAAGUGAGAGGGAGUGAGGCUAGGAUGAGUGAAGCAAGUGGCGUGGGUGAAGUGAAGUGGGGCGAGGGCGACAGAUGUGCAGGCGAGGGGGAGGGCAGCGAGUCGGCGCUGAGAGAUGCUCUGGCGCUCGCCAUCCGGCAACGCAUGGCUGCCCCGGUGGGGAUGGGGCUCGUGGAGGGGCAGGUGGCAGGGCAGGUGGGGGGUCAGGUGGGGGGCCGGGGCGAGAGAAUAGGAGUGGAUGUGGAGCAAGAGGUGGAGGGGAGAGGGAGUGGAACGAGAGAGGUGGUGGAGGCACAAGGGGCGUGGGGCGGAGCAGCAAGGAGGGAGGAGGCUACAGACAGGGGGCUUGCCUCAUGCACUGCUGGUGCUGCCACUGGCCGUGCCACGGCCCUUCCUCUUGCUGCUGGCCGUCCUUCCCCCGCGCAGCAGCAGCAGGCGCAGGCACAGCAGCACAGCGGGCAGGCACCGCCACAAGUGAGCGCGGCGGAUUCACAGCAGUGGCAGCAGGAGCAGAGGCAGCAGCAGGCAGAGGUGGCGGUACCGGUGGAGCGGGCACCUCAGAGUGCAGCUGAGCCCCUGCAGCCCCUGCCAUCGCCCGCCCGCAUGUCGAAGGCAGGGUUGCCGGCGCCUGUGUGUGCGCGUGAGUGGGCACUGCGCAAGCUGCACCCAGCAUAUGGGCGAGGGGGGGCAGAGGCGCAGGGGGGGAGAGGAGAUGGCAGCGAGGGGAGGGAGAAGGAAACUCAUGGCAGAGGGGGAAGGGCUGCUCAUGAUGAAGGCACUGCAGCACCAUCAGCAGCAGCAGUGGCGGGUGAAGGAGGGGGAAGUGGAGGGAGGCAGGGCGAGGAGGCAGCAGAGGGAGGUGGAGGACGGUUGGUGCCGUGCAUGGAGGGAGUGAGGGUGCAUGGCGGCACCCUCAUGCUCCUCGCUUACGGCGACCAGGAGCCACGGGUGGUGGAGCACAUAGACGCGCAUGUGACCUUCCCCGCGCUGCCCCACUCGUACAAGCGCAUCAAGGUCGACGCCCACGGCUCCCUCCGCCCCUCCCACAACUUCCCCCCUGCCCCCUCGCCCACCACCCCUUCCCCCACCACCACGGCCUCUUCUUCUUCCUCCUCCUCCUCCUCCUCCUCGUCCCCCCAGCCCCCCGGUAGCAGUGGCAAAAGCAAGCGCUUCUCCUCGCCUUUCCACAUGAUGCCUGGCGGUGCAGCGGCAGGGCGGAAGGAGGCGGAGGGGGGAGCAGAGGGGGGAGCACGUGACGGGGGAGGCGGGCUGCUGCGAGUGGCCGUGGAUGUGGACGAGGACAAGCACGAGUGGGCUGUCACUGUCACCGCACACAACCUCUUUGCACCUGUGAUGGAGCGGCUGCUGGAGAUCCCCUUGGAUUGGUACGGCGGGAGGGCCGACGGGCAGAGGGAGCAGGUGCAGCUGUGGAUGGGCGCGGGGGAUUCAUUCCCCAACUUCAAGGGCAGGGUGAACAUCAGAGACCUCGCCUUCCAAAUCUGGGAGUCCCCCUCGUUUCCCACGUCCUCUCUCUGCCGUGUCGUCCCCUCUCCGCCUGUGCGCUGCUGCCGUGCUUCCUCGGGCGAGCAGGGAGUGAGCGGGGCGGUGGUGCUGGAGGGGCAACGGCUGUUCCUGCACGGGGUGGAGGGGCGGUACGGCCACGUGCCACUGAGGGCGUCGGGGGACAUGGACCUCAACCAGGGCGCCGGGGGGCAGGGGCAGUACCGCAUCACAGCCCAGGUUCAACCGGUGGAGGCGAAUCUGCUGAUGAAGACGCUCAACGCUAAGCCCCUGCCGUACCCGCUGGCAGGGAGCCUGCAGGGACUGCUCUUCUGCCGCGGGCCUCUCGAUGCGCCGAUCUUUGAAGGCACUGCUGAGCUGGCAGCAGAGCCUGCUGACGUGGAUGCAGCCGUUGCUGCGGUGGCGGGGUCGGAUGCAGCGGGGGCGGUGGAGGCGUGGCGGGGGGAGGGGGCGGUGGGGGCGUAUGACCGCGUGCCUGUCACGGCGGCCACGGCCAACUUCACCUUCAACACGGAUGACUGUGUGAGUGAUGUGAUGCCGGGCAUGGGUGCAAUGCACAUGCUGCAUUUGAUGCAUGGAUGGGCGUUGAGUCAUAAGGGAGACCAUGGUGGCAAGCAACAACCUUUCAUUCAUUACGACUACCAUGUGGCGGAGCUGCAUGGGGUGCGGGCGGUGCCAGUGGGAGGGGGGGAGAUCCGAGGGGCGGGGACGCUGUGGGUGUGCCCUCAGGUGAGUGGGGUGUGCCCUCAGGCAGAGGCGGAUCCAUCGGCAGUGAGUGUGGACUGCUGGGUGGCGGGGGUGUCGCUGGACCGCCUGCUCGCAUUCUACCUGCCGCCCGCCACCGCUGCACCACCCUCGCUGCUUGGCCUCGCCUCAGGCGAGGCUUUUUUCAGAGGCUCCCUGCUCUCCCCCACGGUGGAGGCGGCAUGGAAGGCACCGCAGGCGAGGGGCCCAUUGGAGGGGAUGAGGGGGGAGCUGCCCCCUUUGCCUCCGCGCCCGCGCGUGGAGCGUGUGGAGGCUGAGGCGCGCCUGAGGGCCUUCGACGCCCUCGCGCUGCUGCCCGCCGCCCCCGUGCCCGUGCCGCCCCCGCAGCCCUCCCUGCGGCACCUGCGGCUGUCGGGGCGCUUCAAGCUCUCUGCACGCGUGCCGUGGGGCAGUGAGGUGCAGCCAGGGGCGGUGGACGAGGCAGGGGGGGGAGGAGGCGCGAGGCAGGAGGCAGAGGCGGGGCUGGCAGGGCUGGAGGGGAGUGUGCUCAUUCAGGGGCUGAAGCUCAACCAGCUGCUGCUGGGGGCCAACCUGUCAGGCGCCGUGGCUGUGAGUCCCCACGGCUUCAACCUGCACACCGUGGGCCGUGGCGAUGAGCAGCUCAUGCUGCAACUCUCAGCCAAUGGCGUGCUGCCACCUGUCCCUACAAUCCCCCAUGCCUCGUCGUCCUACAUGCAACAGGCGCAGGCCUCCGAGGCGGCCUUCCCGCUCUUCGAUGUGGGAGCAGCGGCACCAGCAGCAGGCAGCGCGGGCGGCGGUUUAGGGGGUGUAGCGGGGGGAGCGGUGCGGGUGCAGCGGGGGCAGAUGAGUGUGGAGGGGCAUGUGCGGGUGGGGGCAACAGCAGCACUGGAGGUGAGGGCGCUGCCGCUGGACGAGUUGGAGCUGGCGUCGCUGCGCGGGCUGGUGGAGCGUGCUGCCGUGCGCCUCAACUUUGCCAAGCGCCGCGGCCACGGCUCACUGGCAGUGCGACGCCCUCGCUUCAGCGGCAUGCUCUGUGAUGCCCUUCAUGCUGCCUUCCGCUGGACCGGCGACGUGGUGACUCUGGAGCGGUCGGUGCUGGAGCAGGCAAACAGCCGGUACGAGGUGCAGGGGGAGUAUGUGCUGCCGGGGAUGAGGGAGUGGGACAGGGAGCGCGACAGGGACAGAACCACCUCCUCCCACUCAGCCUCCACGCCCACCCCCGAUGCUGCUGCCACUGCGGCUGCCGCGGCCUCAGAGCGCGGCACUGACAUGGAGUGGGGUGGGGGCGGGCGGCAGAGGGCGAUGCCGGGGCAGCUGCAGGCCAUGAUGACGUCCAUCGGCCGCUGGCGCUUGCGCCUCGAUGUGCCUCAUGCUGACGUCAGCGAGAUGCUGCCGGGGCUGCGCAUUCUGUCGCGCAGCCACGACCCGGCGGUGCUGCUGCGCUCCAAGGAGCUCUUCCUGCACGGCAUCGAGGAGGUUGGCUUCGCCUCCCACUCCCUGCAGCACCAGCUCGAGUAUGUGCGGGAGAAGAGGGAGCGCGAGUGGGAGCCAGCGGGUACGGACGUGGGUGGGGGGGCAGCAGCGGAGGCGCUGCCAGGGCUGGUGGACCUGCGGGGGCGCUGGCACGGCGUGCUGGAGGCGAGUGGGGGCGGCAACGGCGACACGUCAGCGUCGUUUGACGUGCAUGGCAGCGACUGGGAGGCGGGCAGGUACCAGCUGCAGCAGCUGCAGGCGCGGGGGCGGUACAGCAACACGGGGGGGCUGCAGGUGGAGCGGCUGCUGCUGCAGAAGGACGACGGCGCCACGGUGCACGCGGACGGCACUGUCUUUGGCCCCGCGCCCAGCCUGCACUUUGCGCUACUCAACUUCCCCGCCCACCUCGUCCCCACCUUCCUGCAAGCCCUCCACGCCGCGGCGCCCUCCCAGUCCUCCGCUGCUGCUGCUGCCUCUGGUGCGCCGUUCCCCCCCCCGCCCCCUGUGGGUGUGCAGCAGGCGGCAGUGAGGGGCGUGGUGCAUGUGGAGGGCGACCUGUCGGGCUCCUUCGCCCAGCCACAGUGCGACGUGCAGCUGCGGCUGCUGGACGGGGAGAUAGCGGGCGUGGCGCUGGGCAGGGCGGAGGUGGCGGCGUCGCUGACGAGGGCGUCGCGGCUGCUGUUCCACGCGGUGCUGGAGCCGGCAGUGGAGGCGGGCCAGGUGCGCAUCAAGGGCAACGUGCCGCUGCCGCCGCUGCAGGGGGGCCAUGCAGGGCAGGCGGCUCAGGCAGGGCAGGAGGUGCAGGCAGGGCUGGAGGUGCAGGGCGCAGGCAGAGACAUGGGCGGUGGGGGGAGGAUGGCAGCUUCUGGUGGAGGCAGAGUGCAGGAGAAGCGGAGGGGCAAGGCAGGCGAGAAGAAGCAGAAGGCGGGUGUGGAGGCGACACAGACGAAGGAAGGCGGCGGUGCAGCGCGGGAGAGCAGCCGGUUGUGGCAUGACUGGGACUGGCUGGACAAGGAGGGAGGGCUGUGGAGCGAGGGCAAGGGGAGUGGCGAUGGUGGCGAUGCUGAGGAGAAGGUCGAGGAGGAGGAAGAGCAGGAGGAAGAGGAGGAGGAGGAGGGGGAAGGGGAAGGGGAUGGCGCGCAGAAGGGGCCGGAGCUGCUGCGCAGUCUGGUGGAGCUGGAGCGGGCGUUUGAGGGCGAGGAGCAGGCGGAGCAGAUGCAGGUGGAGGCGAGUGUGCAGGACGCCGGCAUGAUGCUGCUCACCGCGCUCUCCCCCUCCUUCCGCUGGAUCCACGGCCACGCCGCCAUCUCUGCUCAGGUGGGCCAGUCUUAUAGUGACUUCAGCAUUCUUGCUUUGACUUGUCAUUACUCUGCACCCUCACGUCUCUCCCCAUGCCUCUCUCUCCCGCGCCUCUCUCCCACGGCGCUGUGCGGGCGGCAGGUGAGUGGCACGCUGGCGCGGCCAGAGGUGGCGGCGGAGGCAGUGUUCAGCCGUGUGACGGCGUCGUCCCCCGUGCUGCCGCGCCCGCUCACGGGCGGGGGGGGGCGCAUCCGCAUCGCAGCGCAGCAGCUGCUGGUGGACGGACUGGAGGGGCGCGUGGGGCGCCGCGGCACUCUGCGCGUCGAGGGCUCGCUGCCCCUCGGCCUGCCCGCACACGAGGGGGGGGGUGAGGGGGCGGAAGGGGAAGGGGAGGAGACGCUUGGUGGGUUGAGGAAGGGAAGCAAGGGGAAGAGGGGGAGUGGGAGGGAAGAGGGGGAGCAUGCAGAGGACAGCAAGGUUGGGGAGGGAAUCAGCAUCACGGCGGAGGGUCUUGAAGUGCGAGCACGCAAUGUGUUCAGUGGUCUGGUAGAUGCGGGCGUGAGUGUGAUGGGCAGCCUGGCCGCCCCUGAGACACCUGCACUCUCUGCUGCUCCCUCCACUGCCCCUCCUGCCAAGUCAGCAGCACCUGAUUGGCUGCCGGCUAUGUCCUCCACGGCCGCGUCUUCAGCCAUGAAGCUGCCGGCGUCAGCUCCACAGCAAGAGAGCACAUCAUCGCCGCUAUCUGCCACCACUGCCACCGCCACCUCUGCUGCCACUACAGCAGUGCCGCCUGUGCCGCUGCCAGCAACCCCUGACCUUGCGUCUGCGCCAUCGGCACCGGCGGCACUGGUGCGGCUGCGGGGGCUGCAGGUGGCGCUGGGGCCGGAGCUGCGCGUGGUGUACCCGCUCAUCCUCAACCUCGCCACGCGCGGCGACCUGCACCUCAAUGGCUUCGCCGACCCGCGCCUCGUGCGCCCCUCCGGCACGCUCUUCUUUGAGAACGGCGAAGUCAACCUCGUUGCCACCCAGCUGCGGCUGAACCGCGACCACCCCAACUGUGCGCGCUUUGAGGCGGCGCUGGGCAUGGAUCCGCUGCUGGACCUGAAGCUGGUGGGGGCGGACUGGCAGAUGCGCAUCCAGGGCCCGGCCAACCGCUGGCAGGACCACGUGGUGCUCACCACGCUGCCGCGCGGUGGCGAGGAGGACGUGCUGUCGCCCGCGGAGGCGGCGCGGCUGUUUGAGAGCCAGCUGGCGGAGUCGCUGCUGGAGAAGGACGGGCAGCUGGCGCUCAAGAAGCUGGCGGCCGCCACGGUGGAGACCCUCAUGCCCAAGAUCGAGAGCCGCGGGCAGUUCGGGCAGGCGCGGUGGCGCCUGGUGAGCGCGCCGCAGAUCCCGAACCUGCUCUCGCUGGACCCCACCUCCGACCCCUUCCAGUCCCUCGCCAACCUCUCCUUCGGCGCCGAGGUGGAAAUCCAAAUCGGCAACAACCUUCAGGCAUCUGUGGUGCGGCAGCUACGCGAGAGUGAGAUGGCAACCCAGUGGAAACUGCUAUACCAACUCAACUCCCGCUUGCGCCUUCUCUUCUCAUCCUUGUCCUCCGUUGAGAAACGACUUUUGUUUGAAUACUCUGCAUCCUCACAGAAUUGA